AUGUCAUCCUCUUCCUCAUCAUCCUCCUCAUCAUCGUCUCCACCACCGUCUCGAGGACGAGACAAAAAGAAGAAGAAGGAGAAGGAUAAAAAGAAUCAUCAAAGGAAACGAAAGGACUCUUCCUCUUCAUCUUCUUCCUCUUCCUCGCCACCUCCACCGCAACGUAAACGUGACAGAGAGAAGAAAAAAGAAAAGAAGAACCACGAAAAGAGACGCAGCAACUCGUCCUCAUCUUCGGCCUCUCCGCCUCCGCGUAGGCGAGAUGAGCUGAGCAGUUCGGAUGAGUCACGUGAAGAAAAUCCAACCCAUUCACGAUCGAAGAAACAAACGAAAAUCCUGUCCAAAUUGCCUAUCUCUCUUCCCAAAACAUUCGCAAUUACUCUACAUUUUGGAUCUCCGUCGUCCUCGAAUCAGAGUGACAAGCAUCACAGACACCAUCAUCAUAAGAAACAUCAUCAUAAAUAUUUCUCCUCCUUUUGGUGUUGUCAAGAGGAACUAUGA